AUGACUGUUUUAUAUUGGAACCCUCCUCCUCAUUCUUAUGUGAAAAUAAACUGUGAUGGUAGUGUGCUUGGUCACAAUGGUGAUGCUGGUGGGGGGUGCUUGUUGAGAGAUCACAAUGGUCAAUUUGUGGCUGGUUUAUCUAAUUAUUAUGGUGCUUACUCUAUUACUUGCACUGAAAUGAAAGCUAUUCAUGAUGGCAUCUGCCAUGCUAAAUCCCUAGGAUUUAAUCAGAUCCAGGUUGAAUCUGACUCUUUGGUUGUUAUUAACAUUCUGUCAUCUAACUAUCAUUGUCCUUGGAAAGUUAUUUAUAUUAAAAGACAGAUUGAAGAAAGUUGUGGAUCUAUGGAUAUCCAGUUUAAGCACAUCUUCAGGGAAAUCAAUGGUUGUGCAGAUUUUCUAGCCACAAAGGCUUCCCAAGGCUAUUAUCUGCCCUUUUGGUUUGCUAUUGUUAUGACAAUAGUACAAGGUGCUAAGCCUUGUUUGGAGCAGCAACCAAGGUUUUCGAAUGAGCUUAAAGAUCUCCUAAAGUGA